AUGGCCGAUCCAAAUCUCUACACGUAUCCGUCUCCUCUGAAGGGCUACGAAGGUAUGGAGCCAUUGCCGGAUGAGAAGGCCGAAGAUGGCAAAUCCUAUGCAAACCCACCAGCCGAGAAGAAAAGCGAAGCAUACAAGUCCUUUGUAGCUCCUAUAACCAACGGAAUUCGAGGAGGCUUCGACGUCCACAUUUACUUCCUCCAGUCUGAUAAUGAGGAGGUCAAGUUCGCCAACGAGCUGUGGGAACGGAUACGCCGCGAAUUCCCCGAAUUGCGCAUUUACCGAGUAUGGGACCGGCCUAUUGGACCCCAUCCUCUCGCCAUGUUCGAGGUCAACAUUUUCACGCCCGAGCAGUUCGGUGCUUUCGUUCCCUGGCUCGUGAUCAACAGGGGGCCAUUGUCUGCACUGAUUCACCCAAACACCGACGAUGAGUUGAGAGACCACACUCAAAGAGCGACCUGGAUGGGGCAACCACUGCCUGUGAGCACAAAGAUGUUCAAGAAGACGGCGGAGACAUUGUGA